AUGGUGAAGAACACUAACAGCAAAGGUAAAUUGUUCAAGUGUUGCGGCAAGAACUACGGAUUUUGGGAGUGGGUCAAAGAAGGUGAAACGAAUGGUGAAUCAAGUUCCGUUGGCAUUACCUCCAUUGAUCCUGUGGCGACUGAAUCAGAGAAUAACGUCUCUUGCAUGUUCGAAACUAUGUGUUGGUUAAGUCACAAAAAAGACGUGGAGAUAAAUUUGAUAAUACGCAAUGGAAUUGCAAGUGCGGAAUGGGAUAGAAAGGAAAAGGACCGGUGUGAUUUGUACUUGUUUGUCAAAUGA